AUGCGUCUCCUCCUCCUCGCCCUCGCCCUCCCCCUCGCACUGGCGAGCCCCCUGCCCAACUUCAACGAAAUCGAAAAACGCUGGGCCGAAGGCCACUCCGAGGUAUGUGCCGCCUCAGCCUUCCUCCCAGGCUGCUACGUCCACGCUUGGGUGGCUUCUCUCUCAAAACACCUCCUCUCCUCCCCUGAACCGUCACUCUCAUUCUCGCCUCUUCAGCAACAAAUCCACACCGGCCUCACCCACCGCGACAUGACGCCCGCGUGGCCGAUGCACGCGCGCGACAGCGAGGGCUCCGCCUUCGCGACCGCCACGGACGAGAGGUCGAUCGAGGCGAGUGUGCUGCGGACGAGGGCGGGGAGUCUGAUGGAGCAGAUGAGGGAUUUCGCGGAGAGGUUUAUGCGGAGUAAGGGGUUGGAGGGGGUUAUUGCGAGGAGGGGGAGUGGGAUGGGGGAGGGGGAGGAAGUGCCGGUGUUGAGGCCGAGGAAGGGGGUGAGGUGGAGUUUUGGGGAGGAGUCUUGA